CGGGCGGGAAGCGGCGGUGGGAGCGGGCAGGAGACGGGCCGGGCCGGGCCGGUGACCCGCCAUGUGAGAGACCCUGACAGCUCCAGCAUGUAACAUAAGACAUAAAUAGAAACAAAAAUCCACUAGUAUGUUGUGAUACAUUGGACAUGCUUCCUGCAUCAGAAGUCAAUGGAUGAUGUUGAGAUCUGUUUGUUCAAUUGGAAAAGCAGAUUACUCUUUACAUCAGUAGAAAUGGACAGCAGCAGUUUCAUUCAGUUUGAUGUGCCCGAGUACAGCAACACUGUUCUGAGCCAGUUAAACGAACUCCGCUUGCAAGGGAAGCUAUGUGACAUAAUUGUGCAUAUUCAGGGUCAGCCGUUUCGAGCCCAUAAAGCUGUCCUAGCUGCCAGUUCUCCCUAUUUCCGUGACCAUUCAGCAUUGAGCACCAUGAGUGGCUUAUCAAUAUCGGUUAUUAAAAAUCCCAAUGUUUUUGAACAGUUGCUUUCUUUUUGUUACACUGGAAGGAUGUCCUUACAGCUGAAGGAUGUUGUCAGUUUCCUAACCGCAGCUAGCUUUCUACAGAUGCAGUGCGUCAUUGACAAAUGCACACAGAUACUGGAGAGUAUUCAUUCAAAGAUCAGUGUUGGUGAUGUUGACUCUGUCACUGUUGGUGCUGAAGAAACCCCAGAAAACCGCAAUGGAGUUAAAGACAGCAGCUACUUUGCCAACCCCAUCGAGAUCUCUCCCCCCUAUUGCUCUCAGGUGCGACAGUCAACAGCAGGCAGCGACCUUAGGAUGGAAACUACCCCUGGCAAAACUCUACGUAGUCGUCUGCAAGAAGAAGGGCAUUCAGAUCGAGGAAGCAGUGGGAGCAUCUCUGAAUAUGAGAUUCAGAUUGAAGGUGAUCAUGAGCAAGGUGACCUGAUAGUAAGGGAAAGUCAGAUUGCAGAGGUGAAAGUUAAAAUGGAGAAGUCUGACAGGCCGAGCUGCUCUGACAGCUCUUCCCUUGGUGAUGAUGGAUAUCAUACAGAAAUGGUGGAUGGAGAGCAAGUGGUGGCAGUAAAUGUUGGUUCCUAUGGGUCUGUCUUACAGCAUGUCUAUUCGUUUACCCAUGCCUCAUCACAGGCUACAGGUGUGUCUGAAACCUUUGGAAGCCUGAGCAAUACAAGUCCUUCAAGGUCAAUGCUGAGCUGUUUCAGAGGGGGUCGUGCACGCCAAAAACGGGUAUCCGCCGGUCACUUGCACAGUGAUGUUCAGGGCUUGGUGCAAGGGGCUGACAGUGAAUCCAUGGUGAGUAACCCAGGAUAUGAAAAUAGUCCACGGGAAAGAAAUGCCAGAGGUCAUUGGUAUCCAUACAAUGAGAGGCUGAUCUGUAUUUACUGUGGGAAGUCAUUCAACCAGAAAGGGAGCCUCGAUCGACACAUGCGAUUGCACAUGGGAAUAACUCCUUUCGUGUGCAAGUUCUGUGGGAAGAAAUACACCCGCAAGGACCAACUUGAGUAUCAUAUUCGUGGUCACACAGAUGACAAGCCCUUUCGCUGUGAGAUCUGUGGCAAAUGUUUUCCUUUCCAGGGUACACUAAACCAGCAUUUGCGAAAAAACCACCCUGGGGUAACCGAAGUAAGGAGCAGGGUAGAGUCUCCAGACAGAACAGAAGCAUUUGUGGAACAGAAAGUAGAUAACGAUGCUUCAGUUUCUGAAGUUAUGGAUUCUAGUAUGGAAAUUCAUGCAAUGUCUAAUGCAUCUGAUUAAAAUACUACAUUCUAAGUGCAACACAAACAAGCACAUUUCUAAUGUACCUUUUAAAUCUUUUAUUCUUUUAGUAAUCUUCAGUACCAGUAUAACAGCCUUUUAAUUUUCCUGACCUUCUGGAAACCAGUUUGAAAUGGUUUCUGGAGAAGACUACAUUAAGUAUUCUUUGUUUUUGAAGGAAGCUGGGUUGUUU